GUUAGUAUAUAUAUAGUGGUAGCACACUAUAUCUCCACACAUUUACUACUUUCAAAAUCAAUCCUAAUGGAUAGAUCUUCACAGCUUUAUCUCUUUGGAACCUCACUCUUACUUCUUCAAUGGCUGAUUGAUUAUAGCUCAGCCAACUCAUACAUCAACCUUGAUCGUUCUUCACUUACUGCUUUCAAAUCUCGAAUAUCUUUCGAUCCCCAUAAUAUAUUGACCAAAAAUUGGAGUAGUAGGAGAAAUGUCUGUAGUUGGAUCGGAGUUACUUGUGAUUCUCGCUAUCACAGGGUGACUCGGUUGGAUAUAUCGUCUAUGGGUAUUGUAGGAACCAUUCCACCAGAAAUCGGAAAUCUUUCUUUUCUAGUUUCUUUAGAUUUCAGUGAAAACUCUUUCCAUGGUCCUAUUCCCCCAUCUAUUUUCAACAUGUCAUUUUUAGAAGAUUUGAAUUUGAGGAAUAAUAGUUUGUCUAGUAGCCUACCGUUUGAUAUGUGCAAACACAAUCUACAUAGGCUCAAGAGACUUCGUAUAUCUUUCAACAAGUUGUAUGGAGAAAUACCGUCGAGUUUGGAGCACUGUUCACAGCUUGAGUAUGUUUCUUUGCGCAGCAACAACUUUAGUGGACAUGUGCCAACACAAAUUGGGAAGUUGACAAUGCUUCAAGAGUUAUACUUAGGCGCCAACUAUUUAAGUGGUACUAUUCCAAAAGAAAUUGCGAACUUGACAAACCUUCAAUGGUUGGGACUUCAUAACAACAAUUUAAGUGGUAAUAUUCCAAAAGAAAUUGGAAACUUGAGAAUGCUUCAAUGGUUGGAUCUUAAUACAAACAAGUUAAGUGAUAAUAUUCCAAACGAGAUAUUUGCUCUUACAAAUCUACAAACUUUGGUCGUAAGUGUCAACAACUUUAGGGGCCACGUUCCUAUAGAAAUCGGAAACUUGACAAUGCUUCGAUUGUUAGACCUUAGUACAAACAAAUUAAGUGGUAAUAUUCCAUUAGAGAUUGGUGCCCUUACUAAUUUACGAUAUUUAGACAUGAGUUUCAACACGUUUAGCCAACACGUGCCACGAGAAAUUGGGAACUUGAAAGAGCUUCAAUCCUUGUACCUUAGUAACAACAAGUUAUAUGGUAACAUUCCAAAUGCGAUCGGUGCUCUUACUAAUUUACAAAAUUUGGAUGUGAGUGUGAACAACUUUAGUGGCCAUGUGCCAAAAGAAAUUGGAAAUUUAAAAAUGCUUCAAUGGUUGAAUGUUCGUACCAACAAGUUAAGUGGUAAUAUUCCAAAUGACAUUGGUGGUCUUACUAAUUUACAAACUUUGAGCAUGGAUUUCAAUAGCUUUAGUGGCCAAGUACCAAGACAAAUUUGGAACUUGACAAUGCUUCUAACGUUGUAUCUUGGUAACAACAUGUUAAGUGGUAAUAUUCCAACUGAGAUCGGUGUCGCUACUAAUUUACAAUAUUUGGAUAUGAGUUUCAACAACUUCAGUGAUCAUGUGCCACGAGAAAUUGGGAACUUGACAAGCCUUCAGUUGUUGUUCCUUAAUAACAACAAAUUAAGUGGUAAUAUUCCUACAAAUAUCGGCACCCUUACUAAUAUACAAUAUUUGGAUAUGAGUUUCAACAACUUCCGUGAUCAUGUGCCACGAGAAAUUGGGAACUUGACAAGCCUUCAGACGUUGUACCUUAAUAACAACAAAUUGAGUGGUAAUAUUCCAAAAGAGAUUGGUGCCCUUACUAAUUUACAAACUUUAAGCAUGAGUUUCAACAACUUUAAUGGCCAUGUCCCAAAAGAAAUUGGCAAUUUGACAAUGCUUCAAUGGUUGAACCUUCGUACCAACAAGUUAAGUGGUAAUAUUCCAAAAGAGAUUGGUGCUCUUACUAAUUUACAAUAUUUGGCAAUAAAUCUCAACAACAUUAGUGGCCAAAUGCCAAGAGAAAUUUGGAACUUGACAAUGCUUCAAAUGUUGUACCUUGGUAGCAACAAUUUAAGUGGUAAUAUUCCAAAAGAGAUUGGUGCUCUUACUAAUUUACAAACUUUGAGCAUGCAAUUCAACAGCUUUAGUGGUCACGUGCCAAGAGAAAUCCAAAACUUGCCAAAGCUUCAAGAACUGUACUUGGAUGCCAACAAUUUAAGUGGUCCGAUACAAUCCACCUUUGUGAAUCAAUCAGGAAUGGUUUUUUUAGGGCUUGGUCUCAACUUCUUCAAUGGUGAGAUUCCACCAUCCAUUUGCAACAUGACAUCCCUCCAAAUCCUCUAUUUGUCGUACAAUAAUUUGGAAGGGCCAAUUCCAAAAUGUGUGGGAAACUUGAGCACAUCUCUUUUAAUCCUCCAUUUGAAUGCAAAUAAACUUAAUGGCCUCAUCCCAUCAACAUUUCCAAAGGGUUGCAGUCUUCAGUCAAUCAAUCUGAAUGACAACAAAUUGGAAGGAACACUACCCCGAACUCUACUCAACUGCCAGGGUUUGUUGGGCAUCGACAUUGGUAAUAAUGAAAUACGAGAUGCAUUUCCCUUUUGGAUGGAAACACUCCCUCAACUUCGCUUGCUUGUCUUGAGGUCAAAUAAGUUCAAUGGUACGAUGUUGGUGGAUUCAAACUCAAACACGGAGCAACCAUUUCCAAAGUUGCAAGUCUUGGAUGUAUCACAGAAUGUAUUUGUUGGCCCUCUACCUGAUAGAUAUAUCAAGAACUUUCGAGGUAUGAUAGAUGCAAAGGAAAACCAGACUGAUGAUAGAGCAAAUUUGUUUCUAAGUUAUAUAGACUUGAAACUCACAUUGAAAGGAUUGGAUCAGUUAUUGCUGCAAUUGUUGGAUACCUUUACAACUAUUGACUUAUCCUCUAACAGAUUCUCUGGUAGCAUUCCGACAUCGGUAGGGAAUCUUAACUCUCUUAGAUACUUGAAUUUGUCUCACAAUACCAUUGUAGGACAUAUACCUUCAUCAGUUGCAGGUAUGAGUUUACUCGAGUCGUUGGACUUGUCUUCAAACAAACUAGAUGGAGAAAUUCCAAGUGGAUUGGCAAGGUUGACAUUUCUUGCGAAGUUAAAUCUUUCGAUGAAUAAUCUCGAGGGACAGAUACCACAAUCUACUCAACUUUCCACAUUUGGUAACGAAUCAUAUGUGGGAAAUGUAGGAUUGUGCGGAUUUCCAUUAACAAAAAAAUGUGAGGGGAGUGAUGGAAAACCAGUAUUUCCUCAAGACGAAGAAGAUGGUGAUGAGUAUGGAUUUAUAGAUGGAUUUGGCUGGCGAAGUGUGGUGAUGGGGUAUGGAUGUGGAUUUGUAGUUGGAAUUGGAAUUGGUUACAUGAUUAUAAGAAGUGGAAGGCCAAAAUGGUUAGUUGAAUUCUUUUUUGGGGUUGGAUACAAUAAUAGUAAGACGAAGAAAAGAAAUAGAGCAAAAGCAACUACAAGGAGAAGGUAAUUCAAGACCAACAUUGUGAUUUCCUUGUGCUUCAUUUGUAACUCUAGCAUAGUGGGUGUAUAUAUGAUGUUUUGUAAUUAUGCUUUGUAAAAUAUGCAAUUAAUGUUGUAUAUCUAAGGUUUGCUA